GAACUCUCAUAAAUAUUAUUAUGGAUAACAAUUACCAAAUAUUCUUCCCAGAUUAUUCCUCAUCCUCCCAUAACUCACUGCCUAUUACACCCAUGGAUCAUCAGCUCGAAGAAGAAGAAGAAGAAGAAGAAGAAGAAAGUAGUUUGAAAAAAACAAAUGGAUGUAUGAAAUCGAAGACGAAGAUAAGAAAAGAGAGAUUUGCGUUUGAAACGAGAAGCCAGGUUGAUGUGCUUGAUGAUGGCUACCGCUGGAGAAAAUAUGGUCAAAAGGCUGUUAAGAACAACAAGUUUCCCAGGAGCUAUUACAAGUGUUCACAUGAAGGAUGCAAAGUGAAGAAGCAAAUUCAACGGCUUACAAACGACGAAGGAAUGGUAUUAACAACCUAUGAAGGAGUUCAUUCUCAUCCCAUUGAAAAGCCUCAAGAUAACUUUCAACAUAUCUUGACCCACAUGCAAAUUUACUCUUCUUCUUUUUAAAACAUUUAUUCCUUUUUUAUUUCUUUUCCUUUUCUUCACCUUACACUUCUCAAUUCUUAUUAUUCCUUUGAUAUAUAUAUAUAUAUAUAAUGCUUUAGUAUUUUAAACACUCAA